AUUUUACUUGAAUUGUAGGAUCAGCACAUAUACACCGAAAAUGAACUGAGUCGCUUCUAAUAUAGCGUUUACUGGAUGCUCGGUGGUCCGGCGUCCUCUGACUCACCACCGGCACGCUUGCGGGAAAAUUUUUACCUGUUUAGUCAUCUAUCCGGAAAAGAGAGUGAGAACGGGCCUGUACCGGGCAUACUAUCGAGCCCCAACAAAACCUGUUCUUGGCUCACGAUAGGGCAGUGAUCGGCAACAGGCUUAGCAUAGACGGUCUAGGGAAGUGGUUGAUUGUUCUGCAGGCUGCUUUUGUGAAUUUGUUUGUCACACAAAAAAGAGCGGGCCCUAUUUCUUGGGUCGUCUGAAAUCCUGUUAGCGAGGACCUGUGACAAAAUUUUGAAUUUUCUCGCAGAUAAAAUAAAAUCGGCCGUCCCCACAUCCUGUUGAAAUUCUUCUCUUUAGUCAUGUCUUCUAUUCCCAGCUUAGAGAAGAAGUACGAGCUCGACGAGAAUAUAGUCUCGGAUGAAAAGCAGUCUCACGACUCCGUGCUCUCUGAGUCCGAGAUGGACCAAAAGGUGAAGCUUCUCGCUGAGGAGCACAACAUCAAACACAAAAAACUAAUGUGGAAGAUCGAUCUUUGUGUUAUUCCUCCAUUCUGUCUGCUUUACUUCUUGGCUUUCUUGGACAGAGUUAACAUCUCGAACGCCAAGAUUUACGGAAUGCAAGAUGCCCUGAAUUUGCAGAAGCAGCAGUUCAACACAGCUUUAACCGUGUUUUUCGUUCCCUAUAUUGUCUUCGAAGUGAUAUCCAACUAUUGCCUCAAAAUUGUGAAGCCUCACGCCUGGAUGAGUACCAUGAUUGUGUUGUUCGGUGUGGUUACCAUUGGAACCGCAUUUGUCAAGACUUUUGGAGGUUUGGUGGCCACGAGAGUUCUCCUUGGUAUUUUUGAGGCUGGAAGUUUCCCAGGCAUUUUCUACAUCCUUGCAAACUUCUACACCAAGCGGGAAGCCCAGCGAAGAUUCAGUAUUUUUUUCAGUUGCACGUCGGUCGCUGGUGGCUGUGGUGGAGCUAUUGCUUAUAGACUAUACGAUUUGAACGGUGUUCACGGUCUUUCAGCUUGGCAAUGGAUCUACAUUGUCGAGGGUACCAUCAGUGCAGGUCUCGGAAUUCUCCUGUUCUUUUUGAUCACAGACUUCCCUGAGGAUGCCAAAUAUUUGACCAAAAACGAAACAACUUUCCUCAAGAAAAAGCUAGAGGUGUACUCUGGAAAUUCGGGCUUCGAGAUUAAGCAAACUGUUAAGGACGUUUUGGAGGUUUUCAAGGAUCCAAUGCUUUAUGUCGGUGCUUUGAUCUAUUUCUGUCUUAUUGUUCCGUCCUAUUCGUACGCUUACUUCGCUCCAUCCAUCAUCAAAUUACUUGGAUACACCGCGAUGAAUGCGCAGGCCCACUCCAUCUAUCCGUGGCUCACAUCACUCGGUUUCUCGAUCAUUUUGGCCUUCGUUUCCGAUUUCCACGGAAUCAGGUUGCCGUAUGCCAUUCUCGCGGCAUCUGUGGCCAUCGCGGGUGAGGCUAUGAUUCUGGGCGGCGGAGAACAUCUGCACGUCAAAUACGGCGGCUGUUUCCUGGUUGCAUCGGGCCUUUACACCUGUAUGCCUAUUGUCGUGUGCUGGAUCAGUCUCAAUUUCUCAGGACACAUACGAAAAUCCGUGGGAACUGCAUUUGUGAUUGGAUUUGGUAACAUUGGAGGAAUCAUCUCGUCGUUUAUCUUCCCUGACAGCGAAGCUCCAGAUUACAAAAAAGGAUUAGGCAUUUGUAUCGGAUUCACUGGUCUUGCUAUGUUGUUCAUCCUCGCCUACUUCGCAAUUUUGGUGCACCGUAACCGCAAUAAGAUGACGGCAGCCUCGCUUGCAAAGUGGGAAUCAUACGACGAAAGAACUCGCAUAAUGAAGGGAGACCUGAAUCCCUACAUUAAAUAUUUGUACUAAGCUAACGAAAGACCUGACGAAUUAAGG